GGCUCAGUCUUCGGCAUAAUAAGGACGCUGUAUUUCACUUACUAAUCAAAAAUGAGCACAUCCACAUCAAAACCCACAUCUCCCCCGGAAGACGAUCUCGUCGACGCAAUUCGUCCAAUUCGCCAAGCUCACCCAUCCUUAGGGGCCGCUAAACUUCUUGAGCUGUUGCUACAGUCCCACGGGGACUGGGCAGUUUCAGAGAAGCGCCUGAGGAAGGUGCUUCAGAAAACCGGUCUCAUCACCUUGGCCAACUCGUCGCAUCAUGAAAGCGUUAGCCGCACUCCUGCAAUCGGAGACGUGGGACCACCACAUAACGAAGGGGAUGUACAGUCUGCUCCUACGAUUAAUUCUGACGGAACAGAACAAGAGUUCCCAUCUUGGAGUCUCAAUGCACAAAUGGACCCUACGAAAUGGACUAAAACUGUUGACGUCAAAGUGAUUAGCGACCAGAAGGGAAAAGGUCUGGUCGCCAGGGGACCAAUAAAUAGUGGAGAGCACAUAUGGGUCGAAGAUCCAUUUGUUUUUAGCCCGGAGUGGGAGCUGGAAAAGCUUCAAUUAUCCGGGCAUGCAUGCGCGUACUGCACAAAACCUGUCGCAUCUUCGACAAUGCAACCAGCAUAUUGCACUCGCUCUUGUGGUUCAGCAUUCUGUAACCGGUUAUGCAGUGCUCGGGGAGCGUCAGUGCAUGCUUUUCUGUGUCCGAUCCAGAACCCGGCAUGCAUUCCUUUCGUGCAGCACGUUCGCGCGCAGAAGUGGAAAGCUCCUUUGGCUUGGGCUCGCGUAACGGCAUUACUCCUUUCCCUUGCUGCUAAAGCCUCAGACCCCUCGUCUUCGGCAUCAAAGGACUUAGGGAAUGCUUUAUCCAUCGUCCGUGGACUUGCAGCCCUGAGUCUGGAGAGGAGAGUUAAGGUACUUCCAGGAUGGCAGGCUUCAUAUGACGACUCCUGCGCAAUGUGGAGGAAAACACACACCCUCUUUGUGCAGGCUCUCUCUAUUCCGCCCGAUCCGAAGCACCUGAAAGCCCUGCAGAAGCUUCGCGGAAAUGCGAGCAAGUACACAGGAAUCAAAAGGCUCGAGGCCGAACUCUUCACCUGGGAUGGCUUCAUGGUUGGAUUAGGAAAGAUGGGCCUAAACAUGGAAGCCUACGGCGGCAUAUAUGCUCUGCACUCACACGUGAACCAUUCCUGUGAUCCUAACAUUUCUGUCCGACAUAUUACAGCGAACCAAGUCUCUCGCAUCACUAUCAUUUCCAGACGCGAUAUUACAAAUGGAGAAGAACUCACUGCGACGUACGUAAACCCCAGUGGGGAUUUAUGGACCCGAAGGAGGGAGUUGAAAGAAUGGGGGUUCGGAAAUUGUAUGUGUGAUAGAUGUAGAACGGAGGAAGAGGAGGCGAGAAGGAGAGGUGAUUUCGAAAGUGAAGGUUCGGCAGCGAAAAAAGCUGAACUUGAGGACGAGUUGAGAGAUUUCUUACGCAUUUGAGAAGCUAACGGUAUGCACACACUGAAUAUUUCUUUCUCAAUCGCAAGUAUUUCGAGGCGUUUAUCAGCACCACUUCAUGAUAUUACUGAGCCAUGCAAAAUAGAAUCAUUGUAUUUUGUAUAAAAGCGGCGUUGACAUGUUGUGCUCAAAAGGCGGAUACAGAUGAAAAGGUAUGUAAUUACAGCU